GACAUAUUGCUUACAGGAGCAAAUUCUGGAAAGCUAGAAGAGGGAGCGACCUGAAAUUGACUCAUAUUUUUCACGACUUUACGCACUCUAACCACAUAGGACACAAUGGAGCCGUCAGCUAGUCCAGCCAAGGAUAACUACAGGAUGAACCGCUACAAGAACAAAGCACUGAACCCAGAAGAGAUGAGGCGCCGCAGAGAGGAGGAAGGCAUCCAACUCAGAAAACAGAAACGAGAACAACAGCUCUUCAAGAGGAGGAAUGUGGACAUUCUCAAUGAAGAGGAAGCCAUGUUUGAGAGUCCACUGGUGGACUCGUACCUCAGCUCUCCAGUUACAGAAGGAGUAAUUACCAGAGACAUGGUGGAGAUGCUUUUCUCAGAGGACCCGGAGCUCCAGCUUGCCACGACACAAAAGUUCAGAAAACUACUUUCCAAAGAGCCCAACCCACCAAUUGAUGAAGUUAUAAACACACCUGGAGUUGUGGAGAGAUUUGUGGAAUUCCUAAAGAAGAGUGUCAACUGCACACUACAGUUUGAAGCUGCCUGGGCACUGACCAACAUAGCAUCAGGUACAUCCAUACAGACAAAGACGGUGAUCGAGGCAGGAGCAGUGCCAAUCUUUAUAGAGCUACUGAAUUCUGACUUUGAGGACGUCCAAGAACAGGCUGUGUGGGCCUUAGGUAAUAUUGCAGGGGAUAGUGCAGCUUGCAGGGACUAUGUGCUGAGCUGCAACAUCCUUCCGCCGUUGUUAAUGCUUCUGACCAAAUCUACACGAUUGACAAUGACAAGGAAUGCAGUCUGGGCUUUGUCUAAUCUCUGCAGAGGAAAAAACCCUCCACCUGCAUUUGAAAAGGUGUCACCCUGUCUGCCAGUACUGUCCAGGCUUUUAUUUAGCAGUGACCCAGACUUGCUGGCAGAUGCCUGCUGGGCCCUGUCCUACCUCUCAGAUGGCCCCAAUGACAAGAUCCAGGCUGUCAUUGACUCUGGUGUCUGCAGGCGCCUUGUAGAACUACUCAUGCACACUGACUAUAAGGUGGCGUCUCCUGCUUUGAGAGCUGUAGGAAACAUUGUCACUGGAGAUGAUAUCCAAACACAGGUGGUGUUAAACUGCUCUGCUCUGCCCUGUCUGCUGCAUCUUCUCAGCAGCGCUAAAGAGUCUAUCCGCAAAGAGGCGUGCUGGACCAUCUCCAACAUAACAGCAGGAAACAGAGCACAGAUCCAGACUGUUAUUGAUGCCAACAUCUUCCCGGUGUUGAUCGACAUCCUACAGAAAGCAGAGUUCAGGACCAGGAAAGAGGCAGCAUGGGCCAUCACCAACGCCACAUCCGGAGGAACACCUGAGCAGAUCAGAUAUCUGGUGAACCUGGGCUGCAUUAAGCCUCUGUGUGAUCUGCUGACGGUGAUGGACUCCAAGAUUGUUCAGGUUGCUCUCAACGGGCUGGAGAACAUUCUGAGGCUGGGGGAGCAGGAGGCCAAGCAGGAGAACAACGGCACUGGAGUCAACCCUUACUGCAGCCUCAUUGAAGAAGCCUAUGGUCUGGACAAGAUUGAAUUCCUGCAGAGCCACGACAACCAGGAGAUCUACCAGAAGGCCUUUGACCUGAUUGAGCACUACUUUGGCGCGGAGGAUGAGGACAGCAGUCUAGCUCCUCAGGCAGACCCGGCCAACCAGCAGUUCCUUUUCCCCCAGCAGGAGGCCCCCAUGGAGGGCUUUCAGCUAUAAAUCAGCACCCCCCUCCUGAAUAACCCACUUACCCCUCCGUACCACUCUUUCUCAUGGAGGAUCCAUCGAUUGAGUCAUACCUCGACGCCCCUUCACCUCCCCCCCAAUUUGCUACCACUACCUACUGUCCCCACAAAUGUAACACACCAACCCCACACCUCUUGGAGGAAAAACUAAAACUGUCUCGCUCUCCAGCCUAAAAAUGUCAAGCAGUGGACUAAUGUCUUGCAGGGUAGACUCGUGUUUCCUGACCAUCGGCGGAGCAUGUCAUCACACAAACUCCCGUGAACACCUCAUCGCCCCAGAGUGUGAGUCUGCCCUGGCUUAAAAAAAUGCACACACAUAGACAUCUUCCUGCCAUUUGAUCCUAGAUUCUCUCAUUGGCAGUAAAACAAUGGCUUGUGGGUUCAUAUCUUUUUAUACAAUUAUUAUUAUUUUUAUUUUUUUCCAAUGGGACGUUCCUAUUUUCAGGACUACCCGUGCAUCCCUGCAGAGAAGAGGUGCAUGAGGUGAAAUAUGCCCAGCUAUUGAUGUCAUUCUGACAAAAGUACUUUUUUCAGUUCAUGAUUAGUUAUUUUUCCCCCUUAUCCCUUAUUUAUCUGCUCCUCUUUAUUGUUAGUGCUUAGUGUUUAUCUUUUAUUUUUCCUUUUUGUUGUCUUUAAUGGAAAGCACAUAGUUUGCUACCAACAGGCUGUCUAAUGAUUAGGCUUAGGGCUAGUCUCUGCAUAUCUGCUGAUGGGAAAAAUAGUCCCGUCUGUAUGAUGGGGUGGGGGUGGGGGGUGGGAAAUUGGGUGUGAGGUUUCUGGGGUUGUUUAUCCAAAAUUAAGGGCUGUCUGAUGCCCCAAGCUACAAAGUGUGGAUAUUUUUUUGCCCUCACCAAAUUAUUUUCUUUCUUCCCCAUAGAGUGAGGGGGUGGGGGUUAAAUAGUUUUGAUUGGGUGGGGGUGUUGAGGUGGCAAGAAGUGUAAAGAAGUAGAGAGAAAAACCUUGGGAAGUGCUCCAAAGGGGGAAACUUAAAAUGGGAUAUUAUUUCCAGGUUUUCAAGGGUGGUAUAGUUAGAGAUCCAAUGUUCGUAGUGUGACGUGUUAUUAAUUAACAAUACAUUUGAAUUAUGAAGUGAUCUAACUAUCAAACAUGGCACAGCUGGGGUGGAAGAGGGGGGUGAGGAGCCGCUGGCAGCAGUAACAGCAGCAAACCAAACUUGCAUUAAAAAUGAUUUUUGAGGGAUUGGAGAUAAUUAAAUUGACAAUAUGUUUUAAGAUUUCUUUAUCUCUCGCGUUGCUGCUCUGUGGCGCUUUGCUUCCCCCCCUCAUACCUCCCCAGUUGUAUGUGGUAGGGUUUUUGCAUGGUGUUCUAUUACCCUGCCAACAGUCACUUGAGUAUCCCUGGCCAAACAUAUUCAGCUGGCACAGAGACAUGGAAGUAUGAAGUGUGAACAAAUAUUGAUGUGCACUGUUCAGAACUCCAUGUUAACAAAAAAGUAAAAAAAAAACAACAAAAAAAAGCAGGUACUGGGCCAUAGCUAAUUGGUUUGUUGGUGUUAACAGUGAUAGUGUAGUAAAGUAAAGUUGAUAUAAUAACCUUUUUGGCAUUAUAUAUAUCACUAUAUUUUCAAGGAGUGAGAAUGACAACUGAUGUGUUGAUGAUUUAAUGCAUGGGGCCCUUUGUGAUAUGAAGUGCUGAUGUAAAUAGCCUGGGUAGGAGAGGCUGUGCUGCUUCUUGGAUGUUUGGCCAGGGAUACACUGUAAUCUCGAACGAGUGACGAGCCUAACUACAAAAAAAAGAAAGAAAGAAAAAAAAAAAUUCAAGUAUGAACAUAUAUUUGAAUUUUGAUGUAUUUGUAUUUAUAUAUAUACAUAUAUAUAUCUACAUCUAUAUUUGCACACACGUCAUGUACACUUGCAUACAACACCAGCAGACACUGUGCACACAUACACACACACACCUCGCACAGAUGGGUGGCUAGUAGCAACUACAAGAGCGUCCCCUUUUUUUUGUUUCAAAUUUCAAAGCAUUUUUUGCUAACGAGCACACAGUGUCCCCUUUGUGGGUUUCUUUUGGUCAUUUUUUCAGCUCUAAUUUCUGUAGUUUUCAGUUUUUAAUUGAGUUGGUAAAAAAAAAGAGGUACACACCAGGAAACUUUUUAGUUGCUUCUAGCCACAUGACUAAAGAUGGCUUUUUUU